ACGCGCGCUCGCACACACAUCCACGCACACGCUGGUGUUGCUACUGCGCGGCUACCUACUCUAGUCAUGCAAUGGAUAUUCUGUGGCAAUACCAGUUCAGGAUCAUACUCCUCGGGGAUUCCACUGUCGGGAAAUCAUCACUGUUGAAGCGAUUUACAGACGGUAUCUACAGCGACGUUGCGGACCCGACGGUCGGGGUAGAUUUCUAUGCCCGAUCGCUUGAUAUAGAGCCUGGAGUGAAAAUCAAGCUUCAGCUCUGGGACACGGCUGGGCAGGAACGUUUCAGGUCAAUCACAACAUCAUACUAUCGCAAUUCAGUCGGAGGCCUCCUGGUUUUCGACCUCACCAAUCGCAAGACCUUUGACCAUGUAAGAGAGUGGCACAAGGAAGUGAGCGAGCACAUUUUGCCUCACCACAUGGUCUACAUCCUCAUUGGCCAUAAGAGUGACCUCAACAAGGAUCGCAAGGUGAGCAGAGAGGAAGCUGAGCAGCUUGCGGCUGACCUGGGCAUUCGCUAUGUGGAGACUUCCGCUAAGUGCAACAGCAAUGUUGACCGGGCCUUCGAGUUGCUGACCAGGGACAUCUAUGAGCUGAUGAAGAUGGGCGAGAUUGUCACCCGUGACGGUUGGGAUGGGGUCAAGAGUGGCCUCACGGCCAAAGUUCUCUACACAGCUGAUGAAGAUGAAGAACUUGCUCCUGCUGCUACUCAGAAGAGCUGCCAAUGUUGAGACCAAAACUUUGUCCCUGCAUCAGUGUCAAUGUGAAAACAUCUUUUAGUAGCCAAAAGCUACAGAAUUUCACUGUCCAUCACCAGUCGCUUUGUGCUGUGUCUAAAGAAAGUGGGAUGCUUUUCAAUCAAAAGUCAAAAGUCAUGCUGAUCUAAUUCCAUGUAACAGACUCUCUGAGGUGAGACUCUCUAGUCCAUUAAUAUAGAUGAGUAAGUUUAUUGCUGCUAAAUAUUUACAUCUGGGACAGUGUAGAUUUGAAUUCAUUGUGAUACGACUUCCAUUUUGGUCUGGUGAACAUAAUUUUCAGGGUGAUGUUUAUUAACUGGUCAAUCAGACAGAUGUCAGAAGAAACUCAACAGUACCGCAGGCUAGUUAGGAAUGGAGAAGCCCAGAAAGUCAUUUUUCACAUUUGUGUUUAGUUGUAUGGCAUCAAAAUAUUCCACUGCUCACAUUUUUGUGUGGAGACUUCAGAACCUUUACAUAAAGCAAACCAAGAGCUCAAAAACUGCUAGUGCUAGAUGUUUCAUCUUGAUUCUGGUAGUGGCUUCCCAGUGUGUGCUAUUCCACAUAUCUCAAAGAAAACCACAGUUUUAGCCGACGAUGACAUACCACACCAAAAAGAAAUCAUUUAACUUUGAUGUGACGCGAGCACCACAAUUAUAUUUGUUUUUUUUGGUGGGAUCAGUAAUUGAAGGUGAUCAAUAAUUCUCCAGACCUCCACUUAUAAAUGCUGUGGUCUUGCUGGUGAGGAGAAACAACCUCCACUGAAGUAAUGCCACCACUGAACACCAGUGAUCUUCUGGAUGGCAUGGUCCUCAGGUUGUUUUGUACAUCUUAGUCAUUUCGUAUCUCAAUAUGAGCAGGAUUACUCAACUGCAAUGUUGACAGCGAUCCAUGUCCAACUUAAUUUUCUGUGCCCUUAUGUUUACUUUUCAUCAGGGCUUGACAUCCCCCAAAAGGAAUGUGACCAACAGAAAAAAAACUAAAUCAUCCUUUGUAUGUGUGUUUUGCUGAGGGGCUUGUAAAAGCUGCUCCAAGUGUCACUGAACAUGAUGCAAUGAGAUUGAUGCCUGAUGCUGUCAAACACUGUUGACUCUGGAUUUAAUAUAUUGGCUCAAUUUCAAUCAAUGAGCCACUAACUGACUGUGACCACCAGUGAUCCAUCUCUCAUUGUGUAAUUUGUACUGCUAUUCACUGUAAAAUGCCUCACACGUGUUCUGUUACUGGUACUGUUCCCAUGGAGCGCUGUCUCCUACAUUUAGCAUGGACAGGAAUAAUGGGAUAUGCCGAGGUACUAAAUAGAUUUUGACAGCAAACAAUCUAAUGUAUCAUUUUCCAAUUCAACCAUUAUUUGCUUAUUCGUUGUCAAAAGCUUCAUCAGCCAUUUGUUGCCAUGCGUGAUGAAUAUGAAACCAUUGGUAGUCAAACUGCCAAAGACAUGUUGGCAUACAGUACAGUAGAAGUCCUAGAUAUUAUCAGCAUUGCUAGAUGGUCAUCUCUCAUAUAGAAUCCCAAUAAAGACACAGGUCCAGCUUGUGCUCACAUAGGAAGUUCAUUGUGUCCUGUGAGGUCGAGCGAUUUUAUUCUCAGUAAUCACAAGGUUAUCAUUUUGUCAUGGCACAAUAAGUGGGAGGUUAUUGGCGCCGACAGAUGAUGUACGUAGUCACUUUUAAAAGCAUCUCAUGGUGACAUAGUUAAUUGACAGAUCAGGUGCAGAGUGUGAAACGCAGAAUUAAUUAACCACAUUGAUCCUCAGGAAUUUGUGUCUAACUGCUACAUAACUUUUAUGUAAGAUGUCCUAUCAAUGGCAAAAGAAAAUACAACAUUGGGGAAUACACAAUUAAAUACAUUUGUCUUUGGUAUUGAUGAGUUUAGUAAGUUGGUGGGCACUUCAGUAGUGAGUGAAACAUUAAGGGUGGCAUGAUAACAUCUCACCAGAGUCAAAACUAAACAAAUAUUAGACAGUAUUAUUUUAUUAUUAUCUGUAUAGUAGAUGUCACAAUGCAUCACAAUAUAAACGUAAACAUGCCUGGCCAAUGCUUCAUGUUAAAAUGCAAGCUAUUUUUUGUUGGUGUAGUCAGUGAUCCUGUAAAAAUCCCAGAUUCUUUUUGCUUGAAAGCUGUUCAUAAAUCCACUAAUACUCAGAUGCCAUUGACUUAACUUUGGCUCUAGCAGGAUUGUGCUUUAUUUGCUCGUGACAAGCUUAAGUGGAGGCUGAUGCACUUGUUGGCUUGGAAAAAAAAGACUUAUUUCUUGUAAAUGUAAUUUAUUUUAACAUGGUGACAAGUGAUAUUUGUCUGAUAAAGUUACUGUUAUUCCCUUUUGGGAAGUUAGGAGCCCUGUAAAUAUUGAUCAAUAAGCAUAUGCCAAACACAUGGUCAUAACUCACAUCUUUAGAGUAAAAAAUAAAGUAUCUACUGCUCUACAGUCAGUGUAGUUAUAUUUAUUUCAUAAAUAAAUGUCAGUUGAACAACAUGGCUGUUGUUGCUUUUUUAAUACAAGUGUACAAAUGACGCUAACACAACUGGUAUCACACUGAAUAUUGAUUGACAAGCUUAUACUAGUGUUAAUUUACUCAUUAUUAAGGUACGUUUUGGAAUUAUUUUUAACUACAAGCAUGCUUUCAUCACUGUGUUGACCUCUGUUUACCCCAAAUUUUGUUGAGCUCUGGUUGAUGGUUUUUUACCAUCUGUUUAUUGCCAUUCAACCUUAUCCAGAGGAAGUAUCAAUAAUACAAAGUACAAACAGAAAACUGCACAUACUAAAUAAAAGUGAGUCAUCAGGAAAGUCAAGAUGAAGAAUCAUGCAAAAAAUAAACAAAGGCAUUAAAAAAACAAAACAAAACAAAGACUAUAACUUGAGACCAAUUGACCCGGAACAAAGCACACAGAUUGUCAAUGGUUUCAUUUAAAUAUUGCAUAUCUGAAUAAAUUAAUGUAUACAAACCUGAAAGCGAAAAUAGAAAUGAAGGAGAAAGCACUCGGCAAUUACUCCUCAAUCCACCUUGGCCUAUAUGUUAGAUGACUGGAAACUACCUUGUCUUUAACACAGAAGUUUUUAUUUACAGUUGGGCAGUCUUUUCCUCCAUCUGGUAAUCAUUCUUUAGUUUUUGUUACCAAUGUUGGGAAGUUAUUUUAAUGUCACAUAGAUGGUGAUCAUUUUCCUUGCAUUUAAGAGCAGUAUAUGUGGCGAAUAAAGUUGGUCUUUAGAUCUAUCCAGAAGAUACAACAGACUGUUCAGAGAAAUGUCUUUCACCAUUAUCAUCUUGAUCUCGUUUCCAACCUUCCUCCAAAAUAUCUGUAUAUUUGGGCAGCCCCAUAAUAUGUGACAGUGAUCGCCAACCCUUCCACACAUUCUCCUAAACUUGUUAUUAGUGCCAUCUUUAAAUCUACUAGCUCGGUUUCAAAAACAAAAACAAAAAACAAACUGGGAAGCAUGUAUACUGCUUCUUAUCCCAGCUGUUAUGUAGGAGAGGCGGGACACCACACGUGGUGCACGCAUUUUCGUUCCAGGAGGAAUCCACGGCCUUCUUGCCGAUGCAACACUUAACACUCCCACUGAGACUGAUGAUGCUCUGCCUUCACCAAGUCAGACCUGAUCAUGACCCUGGAGAACCAGAGUGCUUGCUGGAUCCUGGAUCCGAUGAAACCUCGGGGGAUCCACAAAGGUAUAUCUAAAAUAUGUCUUGCUUCUCCAGCCUGUUCAAUGCUCAACAGAUAGGUUGUUAAUGGUUUCACAUCACCCAACUGUUAAUCUCACGAUACUUGCUUCCUGUGCAUAAAUAACUUUUGAAUCUUUCCUUGGUAUGGUUUCCAGCUUGGGUCCCAGGUUGUUUGUUUUCAGAGGAGACUGAAUUCCAAUGGAGACCUUGCUUUUGCCACCUGGGCACUUCGGAAUUCUCAGUUAGAGGAGAUAUGACUAGCUAAAUAUGUGCCUCCUUUUUAAUCUUUUUCAUUCUGGCUUUUGUGUGACGUUGUGACUGUUAUUUUAAAUAAAAUACUCAAAAAUAAAACAAAAUACAUUUCAAAUAAUGUCCAACACAAUAUGUAACACAGUAUGUAUCUCUCAGCUCCACUAUUUGUGUAAGGGUAGCUGAACCAUAAUAAAAUUGAUGUUAUUGUAUUUAAUAGCGAAGGAGGUCAGUAACAGACA